AUGGAUGGAUGGAUGAAUGCCGUGUAUUUAAUUGCCAUUAAACGAUGCGCGCUUGUUUUUCUGCUUACGUACGCGUUUUCUUGGCUAUUCGGUGAAAACGCUUUUAACGCUUCUGAUUGGCUGACGCCCUUUGGGUGGCACAUCGUGAGACACGGGGGCGUCACUGUCGUUUCACGCGCCACUAAUUCGGUUAACACAAACAAUAUGGAAGAAGAUGGCAUUUCUCCUUCACAGGCGACAGUAAAGUACAGUGUAGUACCGCACAUAAUGAGCAACCACUCUCUACGUCUGUUGUCCACUUCCGCCACGCCCAUGGGUGAGUAUUUCAACCCGUAUCUAUCUUCAGAGUCGUCUAGGGAGAACCAGGAAAAGAUCGAGGGAAAGCGAAGUAAGAGAAAGUUGAUGAAGGGCAAAAUUAAAAAAGUAUUUACCAGGGAAUCAGUUUCAAUUGGGGAAAAACCACAACACCAACACCAACGUGGGAGUGGGGUCCACAAGUUUCGAAGGUGGUUGAAUAAGGAUCUUCCCGCUACUUCUCAAGUGGCGUCUAGCAUUACGAGUAAGAUUGAAGAUACUUUGAAGGAAAUUGAAGAGAUGUGUAGAAAAACAAGUUCCAUUUACUUAGAGGAUUCGAACGACAGUAUUGCCAAAGUGUAUACUAGGUCAACUACAAACAAGGAAGUAAGCGAUUAUUUGACAGUGGAGGAUCAUACUUCACUUGAUAUUGAUUUUAGUGAAAUUAUCAGACAAAAUGUUUCCAGUAAAUGUGGAUCCAAGAAAGAAUACAAUAAGGAAAAUAUCACUAGUGAAAUUCUUCAGAUGGAAAUCGAGUCCUCUUUUGAAAAUGAAUUCGACACGGUUAGGUAUACACCCGUUGGUUCAAACAAAUUCAAUAAAUCUUAUUUAAUGGAACAUUCUUCACCCAUAUCAACUAAAUUUAAACAAAACUUGAACGGAAAUCGGGACUCUUGGGGUCCCCUAAAUACUCAUGAACUCAACAAAUAG